AUAUAUACUAUUUCGUAACGAAUAAAGUAUCCUGUGAGCAAAAGAUUGUGAACCGACUAAGAAGGCUUAUAAUAAAUUUUCUAAGACAAUAGAUCCUUCUUUUUGUCGCCUCCUAUUCCUCGAUUGACUAUCGAUAUCAAUUCCGAUUUUCAUCCCUUUCUUCAUUCACGUUCUUCGUGACAGCAAUCUUUUUUAGUCAUGUAUAAGGAAAAUUUUCAAGUAAAAAUUUACAAAAAACCUUCCACGUUCGUCGACUCAUUCUGAUUUGUUAAAGAUGAAUAUUCUUCGAAAUUUAUACUAAAAUUGGUCUUAUAUAAAGUAGUAUCAGGCAAGUUACUCGUCAUUCUCAAUUUUCAUGUCUUAAUUAUGUAUUGGUUAGGAAAAUUAUCGUAGAAAUUUUAACGAAUUACGAAUAUCUUUUUAAUAAUAGAAAGAGAAUUAUUUUAAUAAGUAUUCCGAUAAAAUAAACUCAGAAACAACAUGACGGACGCGGCAGCCGAGAAGAAGGCAGGGAUGAAGGGUGGACCGGGGACAUCCGGCGAGGGCGACGCUCUUCCAAAAAAGAAAAAGGCAGCACGCUUCGAUUUUGGCAGACGAUGGCAUAAAUUCCGUGUUUUGACGCCGAACUCUGCGAUCCUUCGUGGUUCUUACGCGAUGAACGAUCGCCACUUCAAAUACAGAAGUCGUGGUCGUCAAGCUGCUCCAGCAUCGAUCGUAGCUAUCGUCUAUGGCCGUUUAUUCGAGCCGAAAGAAUGGGUGAAAGAAUACGUAGACCAAGUGUUGGAAUACGGAGACAAAGUGUUCCGUACCAGCGUAAUGAGAAAUCACGUAAAAGAUAACGAAUAUAUGAAAGCCAGUCUUGUCCAUCCAGAAUUCUACAUUUCCAAUUACAAAGUCUUAGUCUGCGUAGAAGAGACAGGAAUUUAUGGAAACCUAUUGAGUGAAACUGUCGGUUGUCCAGACUUUGCGGAUGGAUUGCAAAAGUUCUUUCAGAAUAAUGACGCGGGAGUAAUCACAGCUCAAGGAACAUCUAUGGCCAUGUGGCGUCAUCCUGAAAUCGGUUUUCUAUUCUUUGAUCCAGCACCCUGUGACGAGGAAGGUGUUCACCAUCCAGAUGGUGUAGCCUGUGUCAUGAGAUUCAAAUGUCUGAACGAUAUUCGCGAUCAUUUUCUCAAGAGUAUGGACCAGAGAUACGAUUCCAGAUAUUGCAUCGACAAGGUGACUGUGUUAAAGGUCACCGAAGUAGGUCGUGGAUAUAUUGAUCGUUUACCAAGCAGUUUGUAUGUUGAUAGAAGCGUUUUAAGAACUAUCAAUCCUGUCGACAUCGAUGAGAAUAAAAUGGACUGCACCAAACCGGUACCAAAGGGACAGAAGAAGCAAGUCGUUGUAGCAGCUAAGAUUCAUAGAGAACCUUUACAAAUUACCAUUUCGAACUACAGUAUUGAUAAGCGUUUUGCAACAGAUCCUCUCGUAGAUCAAAAUAAAUUUGAUACUGGUUAUAGUUACGAGGACAUGCACGUGAACGUACCAUCGACGUUUAGGGAGCUUCCGGGUUCUAUGGCGAUUCUCCACGGGCUGACUCACGAGCACAGUGAGAUGUACAAAGGCAAAGGAGCUCAGAAUGUAGCAAACUGUGUUCUGGCUAUCGCCAUGAAGAAGGUUCACCCGGUAAAAACGUGGUUAAGGCCAAAGUUAGACGAAAUAUUGGCUUUGGGCGAUAUUUUAUACGCUGAGGUGAAGUCUGCCAAGCCAAUGAUGAAAAACAUGACUGCUCCUGAUUUGAACGAUAUCAAAAUCGAAUUAGAAGGGAGAAAGUUGGUUAUAGACGUAGAUUUGAUUACGGUCACUGGAACGAUCUCUUCCAAGAUACCAACUGUGUUGAAUCUGAAACAAGCUUUGGAAGAAUUCUUUCUGGUUAAUACAGAAGGAGUAAUUGAAUCUUCUUCCAUGUCCGUGGCGAUUUGGAGUCAAGAUGAUUGUUUCUAUAUGUUUGAUCCUCGCCAAUGUGAUGUGGUUGGAGUUAGGAUUCGAGAGGAAAAGGGUGGAAAAGGCGCCAAGGCUGAGAAUUCUCAAAGGAAAAAAGGAAACUGUUGUGUGAUAAGAUUCCCUACUACCGAUGCGUUGGCUGCUCUAUUCUUGAAAAAUUUGGAACAGGCGAAAAAAAACGAUCGUUUUACCAUCAGACAUAUUACAAUUCCAGAUGACGUUCCUGGAACCAGACCGUGGCACGAUUUCCAGCCGGGAACGCCAGGAGAAACGUGGGUUCUUCAGGGAACUAUAUCAAACGACAACGAAGAAUUUGAGGAUGAAAGUAGAGGAAUUCAGGGACUGGCUAUGCCAGUGAUAGCUUUAGUUGCUGCUAGGGAAACACCGCCCGCGAAAUGGACUAACGAGAUCGUUGACACCGUAGUUAGAGAAGGAGACGCUUAUUACAAUUGGUGUAAUCCGCUUAUGGAAGUUGGUGAAGAUGUUGAACGAUAUUUCUUCGUGCCAAAUUUGAAGAAGAAUCUGUACUUUAAAAAUAGAAAGGUAAAAAUUGAUGUGGAAGAAGGAACUGUUGUUGGAGACUUGACUUCACCAGCCGAUUCUGAUGUUCCAAAUUUGGUCUCAGCUUUAAAUCAAUUUUUCGAAGAGUACCAGUACGGAAUCAUUGACGUGAAGAAUAUGAGCGUGGCCGUGUGGAAAGUUGAAGAAGAAGUAAAAGAAAAGGACGAAAUGGUCCCACAGAACGUUUAUUACUGUUUCGAUCCUAAUCCUCGAAACAAGCAGGGUUUAUGGUUAAUCGAUGAAAUGGAAGAUGAAGAGAACGCAGCCUGUGUAAUUCGAACUUUGGAUCUAUCUGUUCUGGCGAGUAUAAUCGAAACGAAUGCCGGCCAGGAUUCAGAAACAAACAACGAAUUCGGCAUUCAUAAUAUGAAAGUCAUCUCUAUAGGUCAAGAAAUGACCGAAGAAGAAGUUGAAGCCGACAAACAGAUUCCAGUGAAGCCUGAUUUGAACAAUUAUUUCAACAUGGGUGACAACGGAGCUAUUUUACUAGGGAGUUUUAAUCAAGCUAACGAAGUAAUGUUUAAAAGACAAACUAGAGACAAACAGCAAGCUGGAAGUGCCUUGGCAACAUUAGGAAUGACCAAACUAUAUAAUCCUCAUUUAUGGUACAGAGAAGUGGUGGAUGAUAUUCUUAAAAUAGGUGAUAAGAUUACUACAGACAAUUUAGAGAAUCUUCCAGAAGGAGCAGAGGAGGAAGAGACUCCAAGAACUUAUCUUAUCCCUAGCGAAAUUAGCGAAGAUUUCGCUGUUGGAGUGAAUAGAAUAUACGUUAGCCUCGAAGAAGACACCGUUACUGGCAAGGUAACUGAUUUACAGUCGCAAUUGGAGACUUUCUUUGAAACGAACGCUAUGGGAAUAUUUAGGCAAGAUCACGUAAUAAUGCCUAUUUGGAGAGAAGGCGAAGUAUUCUUCACGAUGGAUCCUAAAGGAAGAGAUACUCGAGGAGAGCCUCGAGAAAGAGACGGCACUGCUGCUGUAAUGUGGUUCACUGACAUAGAGUCACUCGCUAACGCAAUUACAGCGGUUGCUACCGGUGAAGAUUUCACUUUGGACGUGGUCAGCCUGGAUAAUGCAUACGAGACACGCGUAGCUGAAGAAGAACGUCCAGCGAAGCCGACUUCAGGAGACAAUCCGUGGUAUCAUUUCCCCAAAAUGACAGAAGGCGUAUGGACCAUCGACGGCACAAUUGGUAUGGACGAUAUGAAGUUCGAGAGAGUCAAUCGAAAUAACCAAACUGCUGCCAUUGCUGUGAUGGCCAUUGUGUUUGCGAAAGUAUAUGAACCGAGAUACUGGACGCAAGCUGUGCUCGAUGAGGUUAUAGUGACUGGAGAUAAACUACACUCAAAAUGUGUAGAUAGACUUGGAGAGGGUACUAUUCCAAGGAUCAACGAUAUUAUGACAGAGUUCUUCCUUUCGUCUCGUCGAAUAAAUUUAAGCAUCAAAGACUGUGUCGAAGCUGGGAGUCUGACAGCCAAGCCACCUAAAGUUCAAGAUUUAAAGACUGGGAUAACUAACUUCUUCUCUAAGUACAAGUCAGGCGCGCUAACUAUCAGUCCAAAUAGAAAUAUUGCUCUUUGGAAAUUCAACAACGACUACUAUGCUUUGAUACCAGAUUGGACGACCACUUCAGGCGAGACAGCACUAGUGAGACCCAAAGUGUUACGUUUUACUAACAUUGCCACUCUUAUAGAGUAUCUUCAGAACUUCUUAGGAAGCGAAGGCGAUUAUGAAAUGAUUGCUAUCGACGUGGUCAAUUGGAACAAGCUUCCACCAUGGAAGUUCGACCCUAGUUCUGCUGUUCGUCCUUCGAAUCUGCCACCUUUGAACGCUUACAGAAGAGUUCGUGGCGAAGCUCGAGCAAUUUUAAGAGGAAGUUAUCAUCAGGGUGACGAGAUCUUCCCUGAACAAUUAAGAAACAAACAGGAAGCCGCGAAUUGCGUCGUUGCUCUAGGGAUGUCUGUAGUGAAGAACCCAGUCACUUGGACGAAGAAGACUAUGGAUGAAAUUUUAGCCAUGGGCAUCAACGUUCACAGAGAAACGAAAAAAGCAAAGCCAACGAUAAUUCGUGUGAAACCGAAAGACAUUAUCAGAGUGUUCUACGUAGGAGUUAAUAUUUUGACAGCCGAUAUAGAGUCAGGAACAGUGGCUGGAAUAGUCGCAAUUCCUCCGCCGGAUCCUGAGGACAAGAAGAAGAAGGGAAAGCGAACGAGGCGAGCUAGAACUAGAAAAACCAGGAGUAGAAGACCUCAAAGGGUUCGAGCUCCACCUCCACCACCGAUACUUCUCGAACAGGGUGUACCUCUGUUCUUUGAGAAAAAUCGUGCUGGAAUCGUGGUGACUGAUCGUGGAGCAGUGGCUAUUUGGAAAGAUAUGGGCGUCUACUUUAUGUAUGAUCCUCGUGCACGAAGCGAUCAGGGUCUCCAAGAUUUCUAUGGUACCUCGUGCGUCAUGUGGUUCGCUUGCUUAGAACCACUUUACGAGGUUUUAUUCGCUAACAUCGACGAACAAGAAAAGUAUGGUCAUUACGAGAUUUGUAGAGUUAUUAUCAAGACCGCCAUGAUCGAACCUUUACCAUGUCCAGCUGGUUUUAGACCAUAUUUCGACUGCACAGGCCCGCCAAUUCCAGUAAUUCCAAUGGUGGGAGCGAAGAAGAAUACUACAUUGGAUGUGGAGACAGUUACAGAAUAUAAUAUCGUAGAUGAGGAGCUUAGCGUUCUUCGUGGUACGUUGCACAUGCAUCAUAGAAUUUGGAGUACGGAUACAAGAGGCUUCCAAAGUACAGCAAUCGCUGCCGUGGCUAUUGUGGUUGGUCUGCUUCACGUGCCGUCUACGUGGACACCUGAAUUAAUCGACGCUAUUUUGAGAUACGGAGAUUUAUUACAUUCGGACAGUGUACGAGCCACACUUUCAGGGAACAGGAACUUAUCUCCCAGUGAAUUGUUGACUGUCUUCAUUGUUGGGGAUUUUAGAGCUACGAUACAUAUCCAUAAUCAUACUACAGCUGGAUUGCUCCAUACCUUUGAUUUGUCUGAGUCUUUGGCCAUGUUCUUCCGAUCGAAUUGUGCUGGGAUUCUUCAUACAAAUAAUAUGGCGGUCGCAGUGAUGCAGCAUUAUGGCAAGUUUUAUCUAUUUGAUCCUUGCGCCAGAGAUGAUCAGGGAAGGCCCAGUUUCGAUGGUGCGGCCUGUGUGAUGAAGUGUGAAAAUAUUAUGAACAUGGCCAAGGUGUUUGUAACUAAUUGCAACUUGAAGACACCGAACGUGUAUACUUUGAAUGCUGUGAAUGUGCUGAGCUUGUACUUUUUCUCAGACGCAAAGACUCAAUGUCCGCCCAAGUGUAUUCAAUGAUAAGAAUUACCUAUUUUUGUCCUGUUUUUGGUUUUAAAUGGUAAAUUCGUUUAGCUAUAUCGUAAUAAAAGUUCAGUCUGUUCUUCACAUUCAUGUUUGCAAUAUGUUUUGAAUAAAUUGGAUUGAUUAUUAAUCCUUUAUAUUCGUGAAAUAUUUUACUAAGUUCUCCUUUAUUUAUUAAUUCGAUAAUUUUAUAAAUUGAACACAUUUAUAAAAUUCAUAUUUAUGGUCAAAAAAAAAAGAAUAUCGUGUUAUCGUAGCUAACAAUGAUAAGGUAUUCUUUGAAGAAAAACAAGAAUUUUCGGAAGACUAGUACUUUUUAUUUAAUUUUCAUUCCAUUCUUUCCUUCUUCUUUCAUGGUUUUCCACCAACUGUCCAAUAAUAUAAUAGAAAACGAAGUUUUAUCGCAGUUCAAUGCGAGCAUCGGUCUAGAGAAACCGAUACGCCUUACUUAUCCUUGAAACUCCAAGAUAGAACCGGUAAUUUCUCUAGAAUCAUAUCAAAAUUGUAUCCCGUUACGUGUUAAACCGUUCUUUGUCCAAACAAUCAAUCAAGCCAUGCAAUGUCAUUUCAAAACCACUCUCGAUCAGAAACAUGAUUAGUAUGUAAUUACAUACUUGGAAACAUUUUCCCAAGUAAGACACUUGCGUCUUUAGCAACCACAUUGACUUGGACGCGAAGAACGGGCAAGCAAAGGUGAAAACAGACAAUAAAUCGACGCGGUCGACAACA